AUGAAUAAAUUAUAAAUCGCACCUUCCAUUCCAGAAGAAGUCAAAGAGAUCAUUGAUGUUAGUUGUGAUGAUGAAGAUCUUGAAAAUAAUCUAAAAACAUUUCUAGAUUAAUUAGAUGAUGAAAAAAGGACUUAAAUAAUCUAAAGCUUACAUUAAAUGUACCCUUAACAGACAUUUCUAAGAAGGCCUUAUUUUGCAUAAACACAGGAAAAUCUUAGAGAAUAGUACUCAGAGAAUUAAUAAGAAAAAAAAUUUGAUUAAAUACUAUUGGUGUAAAAAAUUGAGCAAUACUGUAAACAGAAUUUGAUACCUAGUUCAAUUAAGGAUUAUCGUAUUCCUCUUUAAAAAUUAGAAAAUGAUUUACAUUUAAUUGUUGAUCUUAUAGAAGUAGUAAAAUAAAAGGGAUAGCCUAAUUUUAUAUCGUUUUUAAAAUUGCUUAUUAACUUGUUCUUUCUUGAAUGUGAAAAUUAAAUAAAAGGAUAAAUUCAUUAAUUAGUUGGGUUUCUUUUAGAAAAUUAAAUAUAUAAAUUUUAAUAUUAUAUUGCAUAAGUGACUUAAGAUGAAUACAUUCAACUUUAUUUUCUAGAUUGCAUUUAUAAAGUCUAAUCCAAGUAGAUAUCAGUUAAAUAAGGUAAAGAAAGUUUAUAAUAAAAUUGUAAAGAUAAACAAAUCCUUUUUUUAUUUGAAUUAUUUACUCUUAAACAUGGAUCUCAUACUGAUAAUUUACUAGGGUUUAUUAAAAGUCUAAUUUGUGUGAAGAGUAAAAAAGUAAAUAAAGAUGAGUUGAUUUAAUAUGUUUCUUUGACAGAAAAUUUUAAUGAAAAUUUAGACUUUUUGUACCUAAAGUUAGUGUUCUAUUUUUGGAUUUAAUUUAUUGAAAUUUUUAAUAUUAAAGAAAGUAUUUUGAAUGUUGAAAAUGGAUUAAGUCGAUCUGAAAAGAAGAAAUAAUUUUUAGAAAACAAUAUUAAAAAAUUGAAUUCUAAAGAGAAUAACAUGAUCUACAGAUAUCUUAUCCAAAAAAUACUUCAUUAUAGCACUCUUGAGGAUGAGGAUUUUAAAGAAGGGUACUGUUUAUAGGAGGCUUAAGAGAAGUAAUUUAUCUAAAAGGUUGGCUAAUUUAAAUCCUCGAAUACUGAAAAACUAUAAGAAUUUGCAGAAACCUCAAAAAAACUAAUGUUUUACCAACUUAAAUCGUUAUAAAGUCAAUAAUAAUAUUUGACAAAAGAAAUAAAUAUCUUAUACUUUUUAGCUACAAAUGAAUUAAAUAUUAAUUAAUACAAAUGUUUAAUCAAUAUUAUUAAAACCAACCUUCAUGAUCAUAAUGAUAGGAAAUUGAAUAAUUUUCCUAAAGAAUUAAAGAUUAACCUUCUUCAUUUGGAGUAAUCGUUAAAAAGUGAAAGUUAAAUAAAAAUGUCUAGAUUUUUUAUUUAAAAUGAAACCUUUAAUCAAUACCCUAAUAAAUUGAUGAUUAAAAUGGAAGACUUUAAUAUUUCUUUAACAUCAAAUAACUAAAUGCAGUAGACUGUCAAUUAUUGGUUAGAGGAUAAAAGGAAUAAAGAUAAUUAUAACAAAUUACUUCCAUACUAUUUUAAUAUUAUCAAAAGGGGUGAAUCACCAGAAGAAUUAUUAAGCUUAAUUAACAAAAAAGUUAUUUAAGAAAAAGAAGGUAGAAGGAAUGAAACUUUGAACUUCAAAUCUCUAUUUUAAUUACUUUACAUUAAUUCAGAUAAAGAGCUUUAAAUGAUGCUAUUAAAAUUACACUCAAAAAAUCAUCCUGUACCAUUGCUUUAUUAGAAUCCUUAUUUAGAAAAAGGUAAAACUUCAAUAAAAGACUGUUAUGUUUUUAAUGCUAAUAUUUUCUACCUAUUGUAAAAUGAUUUUCCAAUAAUAAACUUUUCUCUAACUUAAACAGUUAAUCAAUUUGGAAAAUCUGAGUUAAUUAAUAUGUUAUUUUAUUCUGAUCAAAAAGAAGAUCAGAAAUUUGAAAUUUCUGAUUCUUCUUCAAUAAAUAACCAUUCAGUAGAUUGUUAAUUUGAUUUUUCCUUUAAUGGAAGCAGAAACUACUUAAUAGCUGAUGUGCAUGGAUAAUUAGAAGAUGAAAUAUUCUAGGAAUUACUCCCUUUUUUUUAAUUAUGGAUAAUAUAGAUGUAAACAGAGGAUGAAUUUGACGAAACUGUUGACAAGUUAAUAGUAUUGUGCGAGAAAAUGAAAUUAAAUUGUAAGCCUAAAAUUAUUUUAAUUAUUCGAGAUUCAGAAAAAAAGGAAUUGAAUAAGGAAAAAAUUAAAUAGCUUAAAAAAAAAGAAUUCGAUUUUUGCACGAGCCAAAUUCAGAAUCUACAUCAAUAAGAGAAUUAGGCUAUUAAGAAGGCUGAAAGGGAAAAAAUAAAAAUGUUUAUUUUACAAUAAAUUGGCACUCGAAAUGAAACUGUUUAAGAAGCUUAAAUAUAAAAUUCAUUUUUGUAAAUUUGCAAUGCCUUUAAUGUGAAUGAUUAGGAAAUCAGGAAGUCUUAAGAUAUUCUCAAUAAUUUAACAGAUGAAUUAAACAAAAUAAUUUAAAAUGAAAAUGGAUUUUAUUAAAUUGAAGCAUUUCCAUUAAGAAAUUUAGCUUUGGAAAUAAACUCUAAGAAGCAAUAAAGAUAAUAAUUAAAUUUUACAUCAUAUUAAUUAGAAUAAGAGUUGGAGAAAAAAAAAGAUUGCAUAGUUAAUCUUAAAAAUGAGUAGAAUAGAGAUUAAGAAGAAAAAAUAAAAUAAAAAGAAAAUGAAAAACUAGAAAUUGAAAACAAAAUUAAAUAAACUAAAGCAAAAUUAGAAUAAUUUUAAAAUGAAAUUGAGAAUUUGGAGGUUAAAUUAAGAAAGCCAAAAUUUAAUGAAUCUCAAUUAAUAAAAUACUUUAGUCUCAUUUUUACACAAGAAAAUUAUUACGUAACCUACUUAAGAUUUGUGGAGCACAUUGCAAAAUUCAACUAAAAAAAUCUUAAAAAUUUAAAUAUAAAGAUAGAGGAUAUAAGAUAGUAACUAGAUUCUUUGAAGUAAGAAUAAAUAAAAGAAAGAGAAGAAUUAGAAGAAAAAUUGAAAAGCUUAGAAAAUAAAUUUAGAGUCCAAAAUAUAAAUAUUGAAAUAUUUUGGAGAGAAGUAAUUAAGGGGAAUAGUUCUUUUCAAUAAAAUCCAAUUAAUCAAGUUUGCUAAUUGAUAAAAAAGGGAGAGCCUUUUGAAUUUUUAAAUGGAGAUGAUCUUACCAUAGAUUUUGAAUUUUUAUUUUAAUUAAGAGAAAGAUUAUUAGAUAAGGAUGAUAAUAAAAUACUGUGUUUAAGUAUAUUGGGACCAUAAAGUUCGGGAAAGUCUACAUUGUUAAAUAGGAUAUUUGGAUGCCAUUUUUUAACUAGUAUGGGAAAAUGCACAAAAGGAUUAUUUCUAUAGCUAUUAAAAAUCUCAAAUAGAGAAUAAUUUUAAUAUUCAUUUGAUUAUAUUUUAUUAUUAGAUUCAGAAGGACUAUAAAGCCCUAAUUAAUAAGAUCCAGAGUUUGAUAAAAAAAUUUCUCUUUUCAUAAUUUAGAUUAGUGAUAUUCUUAUAUUUAAUGUAAAAGGGGAAAUUCAUUCUACAUUUCAAAAAUUAAUUGAAGUCAGUUUUUACACAAUUGCAAAAUAUUCUAAAUUACAAUUCUUAAAAUAAUUUUCUUGGUGUUUUAAUUAAAAUAGUUAGAAUAAUGAAGGCGAAAAAUAUAAAUUGUUAAACUAAGUUUAAGACAUAGGAAAAAGAUUAAGUCUUGAAGAGAUUUUAAUUGAAGAAGAUGGAAAGAAAAUUGAAUAUUUUAAGCAACUAGAUCUCACAAUAAACAAUAUCUAUAUUCUGGGAAUGGCAACAAAUUUAUAAAAAUGGCAAAAUUCUGAUGAUUCCAGAUAAAACUAAUUUUAAGAAAUGAUAUAAGAAAUUAAUAAUUAAGAUUAUUCCAAAAAUGCAAUAUCAUUUGGAAUAGAUAUAAUAAACAAAUUUAUCAAAAAAUAUAGGGAACCACAAAACAAACAUAAUGACAAUUUUACUUGGAAUGCAUUUAUUACAAAAGUGUAAUAAUGUUGGGAAAUAGUCUCAAAACUACCUGACUUAGUAGAGUUUUCUGAUUUAAAAGAGUAAAAGGAUUACGAGACCAUAAACAAAAUUGCAACAGAUAAAAUGGUGAAAGUAAACGAAAAAUUUCAAGACUUUGAUGCAAUCAUUUAUUAGAUUGAAGAAAAGUGUAAACUUUAUAAUAAUUCUUAAGAAAAUUAUGAUUAAAUUCAAAAAGAUGCUCAACAAGAUUUUAUAUCUAAGUGUAAUACUUAAAAAGAAGAAAUAUUAAAUGAGUUAUAACGGGAAUAUUCAUAUUAAAUAAUUUCAAAUUCAAUUAAAAAAAAAGUAGAAGGUAAUAUUUCAGAAGUAUAUUAUGCAAUUGCCUUGGAAGGAACUUUGAUAAUUUUGUAAAAGAUUCACUAAUUAAGGAGAGAAUUUCAAUAUAGUCGUGUUCCUGCAAAAAUUUAAUAAACUCUAAAUGAGAUAUUAAAUAAUUCAGAAUUAUUAAAAACUUUACAAGAAGACAAAAGUUUAAGAGAUAAUAAAUUUGAAUAAAUUUGGAGUGAAUUGGUUGAACCAACAAACUAGGAAUUAAAAAGUCUUCACACAGAAUUUCAAAAAACAUUAUUUGAAUGUUUUUCAAAAUAUAAGAAAUACUACUAGUAUAAAAUAGAGGAUAUGGAUGAGCAAAUCGAUUAUUUUGCAAGGCAAAUUAACUCUUAAGAUCCUAGAACACAAAAAGAGAAUUAAAUGGAGAAAAUUUGCUCUCUAUUUUUGAAAGUCUUUUAACAGAAUUCUUUCAAACCUAUUGAUUAAAGGAGUAAUUUAUAAUUUUAACAAACUUUUUAUUAAGAUAUUAAUGAUAGACUUAAUAAUUUGCCUUAAUCCCCUUUUAUCGAUCCAUGGAAAUACCUGACAAAGGAGAUUACUUUUUAAGCUAUAGAAAAAAAAAAAAUUGUUGAAUUACUCCAAUAAAGUUUGAAGCCAAAGUUAAUUUAAAUUGUAUAAAAAGAAACACAAGAGAAAGAAAAAUAAUUAGAAAUUAAAAGUUUAUUUAACUCAUUGAAUAUGUUACCUAUACAAUUUGAUCAACUUAUCUUAAAGAAUGUACUUAAUUUAAUUGAAUCGGAUUUUUCAAUAUUUUUGAAAGGUCUUACUAUAAAUAAUUAACAGGAAAGAUAAUAAUCUGCAUAAUUUUAAUAACCGCCUUAAAAUUAAUUCUAAGGAAGUAUAUAUUAGUCUAUUUUAGAUUCAAAUGUAAACCCAUAAUCUCACGAUUUCACCCCAUAAUCAAGGUCCAAUUGUUCAACCAAUCCUUUUUCAUUUCCUCAGUAAGGUAAUUUGGCUUCUGAAAGAAACAGCUAAUAAUAAUACCCUAUAUAACAUCCAUAUCCUGAUUUUCAAAAUCCACGUCCUGUAUUGCAAAACCCACCUUUUGCUUUGCAAAUUCCAAGUCCUGUAUUGCAAAAUCCACGUCCUGUAUUGCAAAACCCACCUUUUGCUUUGCAAAUUCCAAGUCCUGUUUAGCAAAAUUCAUUUAGUGGUUUGCACAAUCGCCAAAAUAUUUAAUUUAAUUAAAUUGUGAGAUUUCCUGAUCCUUCCAUUGAUAGUCUAAUAAAUUCUUUAAAAGUAUCUGAAACUCAAACCCAAACAAUGGAUUUUUUUAAAUUGAAUAAUCUCUAUGGAAACUUUCCAGGAUUAUACUAAUUAUAAGAAUCAUUAUAAAUGAACAAUAUAGAUAAAACCUAAUAUUUCAUCCUGAAAGAGAAUGUUUCAAUCAAAUUUAAAUAAAGAAGGGAAAAGCCUAAUUAUUAAUAUUGUUUUAAAUAUAUAAUAUCUUAAAACAACACUCCAACUAACUCCAAUGAUUUUUAAUUAAAGUUUCCACCUAUAUUUAUAGAAAUCAUGGAAGAAAAUUAAGGAUGGAUUAAAUUAUGCUCAACUAUUUAUGAUAUAAUCUAAAAAUAAUUUGAUGAAAUAUAACUUUCUGAUAAAUAAGAGUAGUAAAAAUAUCCUGAUAUAUUUUAUUUCAUUAUAAAGGACGAAAAUGUGACAAGAUAUGAUAGAUAAUUAUUAUAAAGAAUAAUUAAAAAUGUUGAAAUAAAAUUAGAAUAAAUUAAUAAAGAAAUUGCUUUCUUUGGGAUAGAAUUUACUCAAGUACUCAUUCGAAAACUUUAGUUUUUUUCAUGUUUUAUUAUUUGGAGAUUUAUAUGUUAUGAGAAAUUGAAAAUUUAUUAAAAAGAAUAAUACAAUUUUCUGAAAUAGAAAGAAGCAUAGAAAGUUAAAUACGAAAAUUCAAUAUUAUAAAAAUAAAAGAAAGCAAGCUAAUACGGAAAAGAAUAGGCAAUUAUAAUAUACUAACUUUGUAUUAGAUAGUUUUAUUAAGACUAAAAGAUAAAUAUAAAAAAUUAAAUUAUUUAAAAUAAAAUGUCAUCUUCAUAGCUAAUAAAAAAAUUAGAUUAAGAAAUACUGGUUGCUAGAAAGGACAAUUUCAAUUAAAAUUAAAAUGUUGAAGCAUCAAUAAUUUAAUACAUUUGUGACUAAAGAAAAUAUAUGGAACUACACAUUGAGAAAUUGAUAAUAAAACUUCAAAAAGACAUUGUAAAUUUAUUAGAUAUAUAAUCUUAUGUCUAAAAUAGCUUAGGUUUGAUCAAAAAUAACGCAACAAUCUUAUUAGAUAAAACUAAAAUACUAUUGAGUGAUUAGAGUUAAAUAUUAGAUGGUAAUGAAAACCAAAAUGUAUAAUUAGAUUAAAUUUUAAAUUAUAUUUUAGGCAAGGAAUUUGGGAAAAAAGAACAAAAUUUAUAUUAAUAAAUAUUUUUAUAUGAUGAGAGAAUUAAAUAGGUCAACCUUCCAAUUUAAAAAAUUUUACAAAAGGAUGCGAUUAUAUAAUUCUUAGAUACAUUUUUGGAAGAAUUUAUAACAUAAAUUUCUAUAUUAUAUGAUGAGAGCAAAGAAUUAGUAACUUUAAUUGAUGAAUUUGAAUUAAAAGGACAAUUUGAAGAGAUGAAAAAUAUUAUGAAUGGUUGUAACUAAUCGUGUCCUAUUUGUAAUAGAAAGUGCGAUAGUGAGCUUUAUAAUGAAGUUCAUCAGCAUAAAUGUACAAAUGGUCAUCAAUUAAGAGGUAAAUAUAUAAUUGAUAUACAUUUAGGAAUGAAUAAAAUAUUAAUCGGAAACUCUCCAUCUCUAUUUACUUGUGAAGAAAUAGUUGAUGAUGCAGAAAUCUAAAUAAUGGAGACUUGUAAAAUUAAAACCUGGAAGGAAAUCAAAACAUACUAUAAGAAUUGGAGAUUUAAGGAUAUUUUAAAACCAGAGGAAUAAUAACAAAAUAAAUUAAAGAUGAUAAAUAUUUGGAAUGGAGGAAUUGGCUAGUAGAUUUGCUAAGAAUUAUCAAAAUAAUUAAAAUAAGAAAUACGAUAUUAAUAGAAAUAUGAUCUUCCGAUGCAUUAGUAGCAUAGUUCAACUCAUUACAUUUUCAUCCUUGAUGAUUCAGCGUCUAUGAUUGAUCAUUGGACAUUUGUAAAAAAUUGUGUUGAAUCAUAAUUUUAAUAAAUAAGUAGGAAAAGUCAUGCUAGGGUGAGUGUAGUCAUUUUUAAUAUUACAGCUAGAGUUGUUGUAAAAUGCGAAGAAUUAAGAAUAGAGGAAUAGUUAAAAUUAAUCACUUUUCAAAUGGGGGGAGGUACAAAUUAUGGACCUCCGUUUUAGUAGACAUUAGAGAUCUUAAAAGAAAACUAAGAAUAUGAUAAGUAUAAAAUUGUUUAAUUAUAAGUUCUGUAAUUCUCUUUUACACUGAUGGGGAAGCUACAUACCCUCAGAAGGUAAUUGAAUAGUAUGGCGCAUUAUCAAAAAAAAUGAAAGAUUCAAUUUAUUUUUUAGCUUGUUCAUAGCCUAUUAAAUCUUCAUCACUAAAUGAGAUUUUAAACUUUUUUAAGAGAGAAUUUAUUUACUCAGAAUGGAGAGAUCAAAUAACACCAAGUGACCUUAAUAAAAAUUGGGCAGAAAUGAUAUCUUAAGCGCAUCUUGAUAAGUAUAAAGCCUGA